AGUGCGCAUACACUAUUAUUUCCAGGGCGUGUGUUGGUGUUGGGCGGAAAGUUAGAAUACAUUUCUUCUCUCGGCUAAACACUAUUUAAAAAUGUGAACCUAAUGAUGAAAUAGAACGCGGCUGGAUUAUUUUACCAUGAAUGCACUUUCAAGUGUUUUUCCCGUCUGACUGGCAAUAAAAAAUUGUUUGACCAAGCUCGCCAGAAUUUCAUCAGUGUGACACCAACGUCAAAUUCUUUCAACAUAAAGAAAAGCGCCAGAUGGAGAUGGAGGCGCCAGCUGAGGACGACAUGCCUGGGGUCUUUCCUCGUGGACUUGCUCUACCCCAAAGUGGGAAUGGGCACCCUGAUGAAGAAUCCCUAGUGAAGGAAAGUAAUCAUUCGAAAUACGAACACACAUACUCGAAUCCUAUGUUCAGUGGAUCGGACUACGAGCCAGGAGCGAGCGAAUGUGAUGACGAGGGUGCCCGUGUAAACUUCGAGACGGCGGACUCUAUAGAUCUGGAACCAGACUAUGAUCUAGAUGAUUGCGCGGAAGAAGAGGAGGAAGACGAUCAACUUCCGGCGAAUGACAGAAAACCUACAUCCACCAAGCGGAGAGAUUUGUGGGACGUUUUCCAAGUUGUACAGAAGGACAACUCGGAUCUGUGUGGAGACGAGUUCUGGCAGAGUGUUCGCCGGGUUGUCAAGGUGAUCCUCUCAGUCUUCAUGUUCGCUGUGGUUGUGUGCUCGGCCGUCACCAGCAAACUCUGCCUCUUCCUCAUCGUUGGGUACAUUUCAGACAACACCCGAUUUACAUGUGUAAAUAACACAUGCGUCCGGUCGAACAGUGACGGCGAUUGGGCCCUCCCCCAGUCCAAGCAAAUGAUAUGGGUCUGGGCAAUGCUGAUAUGCGUUUGUGGCAUUUACUUCUUUGAAUUCAUCCGCGGUUUUUGGGUAUUCUGUUUUAAAAAAGUGAAGUACCCUAAAAGAACAACGCUUUUAUUGUGGCUGCUACAGGAAACCCUCAAGUCUGUCGGUGUAUUUAUAUUUGUUUUCGUGACAUUGCCGGCGUAUGAUGUAGUGCGCGGUGUAUGGCUCACAUUUGGGGUAGCCACCAUACCAGCGCUUUUAAAGCUCUUUGAGAAAAAUGAAGUGGAUGUUCCCGAUGCAUCUGGCCACUCCGACUCCGAGAAAUUACCAUCUGUCAAGAGGACAACAAUCGUGUUUAAGGUUUUUGACACCCUUGCCUUUUUGGCCCAACUGUCGGUACUUUUCUUGUGGCUGAUAUCUGAUCUCCUACAGGAGGAUUUCUCUUUUGCGAAAGCCCUUCUGCCGGUUGCACUUACGCUGACGUCAAUUGGGUGGUGGGAGAAUUACGUUACUGAAAACACGUCAUUUGUAGUUCUCGGUGAGUCGAUACGAAGCCUAAAGAAGGACUUUAACAGGUGUAGAGUUAUCCUGACAACGUUGUCCAGUUUUUGGAGCAUCAUAGCUACGCUGAUUUACAUCUCUGUGUACUUCGCCUGGAGGAACCAAGAGUGCGUUGACGUCUUGUAUUUUCAGAAAGCAGAGGCGGACGAUUGCUUCGGGGUCCGGCUCAAUAGCACCAAGACGAUGACGUCAGCGCAGAUAGAUGCCCAGAUGGGGCACGAUCACUUCUGGAUCGCCAUUGUGCAGGUGCUAAGCGCCGGCCUCUGCUACACCUUCGUGAAAACGGCCUGCAAAAUCAUGUUGCAGCGCAUCAGCUUUUCCCUUCCCCUAAUGCUGGUCACGCCCAUAACGUUCAUCAUCCUUGCUGGGCUCUGCUUUCAGUGGCACAGCGUUGUGGAAUACUUAUUUGACCUGUCCAUUAUGCCGUCGUUACUGUUCUGGCACUGUGACGCCAGCCGUGGAAACUCCACUUUCGUGGACUUCACCGCUAGUUACACCACGGAUUACUACAUGCCUGUUGUUGUUGUCUGGUGGCUCUCUCUCGUCUGGCUUACCUGGCACGUAUGGAAACCUAAAAUGGAGCGUUUGGCCAAAACGGAAAAGUUAUUUGUGCGGCCGCUCUACUGUGGGGUGUUUCUGGAGCAGUCGUUGUUGUUGAAUCGAAGACGAGAUGAGCAGUAUUAUAAAAAGCUAGAGCGUGAUGAACACAAGAGAAUAGCGCCUGUAGAUUCGGUGAGAGGACUGACGGAGACAAAUCCCCUGGACCCGAGCACCGUGCGGACAGAAUACACGCCCAUGAUUUACAUCUGCGCCACAAUGUGGCACGAGUCAGAGAAUGAGAUGAUACAGGUGCUUAAGUCUAUAAUGAGGCUGGAUGAGGAUCAGAGUGCCCGGAGGAAUGCCACGACUGCUCUCGGGGCAAAAGAUCCAGAUUAUUACGAGUUUGAAGCACAUAUAUUUUUUGACGACGCUUUUGACGCUCAUACGGACUCCGAGUUCACGUACAGAGCAAAUGGAUUCGUCCGGAUGAUGGUCCGAGUUGUCGACGUUGCUGUGCAAGCCAUCCACGGCAUCGUUGACAUGGUGCUCAGGCCACCAAUCAAGACCCCAACCCCAUAUGGAGGUCGCCUAGAGUGGACUCUACCUGGCGGUAACAAAUUGGUGGCCCAUCUGAAAGACAAAGUUAAAAUAAGACACAAGAAACGCUGGAGUCAGGUCAUGUACAUGUAUUAUUUCUUGGGUCAUCAACUUAUGGACGUGAAAACCCUGAGCUACAAACAGAAGCAGCUGCGCGCUGAGAAUACAUUCUUGUUAGCUUUGGACGGCGAUGUGGACUUCAACCCCUCCGCCAUUCAGCUUCUCGUGGACCGGAUGAAGAAAGACAGCCGUGUGGGCGCUGCCUGUGGAAGGAUUCAUCCGAUAGGAGCUGGGCCCAUGGUCUGGUACCAGAAGUUUGAGUAUGCAGUCAGCCAUUGGCUGCAAAAGUCAACAGAGCAUAUGAUUGGCUGUGUUCUCUGCAGUCCCGGAUGUUUCAGCUUGUUUCGUGGCUCCGCUCUAAUGGAUGACAAUGUGAUGAAGCGUUACACAACAACGGCCACAGAGGCCAGCCAUUACGUCCAGUACGACCAGGGUGAGGACCGCUGGUUGUGUACCCUCCUCCUCCAGCAGGGCUACCGUGUGGAGUACUGCGCAGCCUCAGACGCUUACACGUACGCCCCGGAGGGCUUCAGCGAGUACUUCACACAGCGCAGGCGCUGGACACCGUCCACCAUGGCCAACAUCCUCGACCUCCUACUAGAUUGGAAAAACGUGAUUCGUAUGAACGAGAACAUCUCGUGCCUGUACAUCAUGUACCAGGGUUUCAUGAUGGGCUCGUCCAUCGUCACCCCUGGCACCGUGUUUCUUCUCAUCUCAGGGGCAAUCAGCAUAGCCCUCCCGACAUUCAGCCUUGAAGUUUCACUUACUCUCAACUUCCUCCCCAUCGCCAUCUUCUUUGCCCUGUGCUUCUUAGCGAAGGGGGAUGUACAGUUGACGUAUGCCGCCAUAUUGUCCGUGCUCUACUCCCUCGUCAUGAUGCUCGUCAUUGUUAGCCUAGUUAUCCAGGUUAUUGACGACGGAUUGUGCUCUCUGACAACCAUCUUCCUUAUCUUUGUGGUGGGAACAUUUUUUCUGGCCGCCAUUCUUCACCCUCAAGAAAUUUACUGUUUUCCUUUCGGUCUGCUCUACUUUUUGGCCAUUCCCAGCAUGUCGAUGUUGUUGAUGAUUUACUCUCUCUGCAACCUUAACGUGGUCUCGUGGGGGACAAGGGAGGUAAAACAAGCUCCUAAGACAGAUGUCGCUGGCCAGGCGCCUGUGCAAACCAGAAAAAAGGGGCUCCUAGACAAUAUCUUGUCCACAAUUGCUAAAACUCCUUCAUCGGAAAGCGACUAUGCUGUGUCGUUCGGAAAUUUGUGCAAAUGUUUGUGUUGUCCCAGGCAAACCAACAGGCAUAAAACGGCUCUUGAGGCCAUCAACGAUCGCUUAGAUUAUAUCGAAGGUCACCUGAUGGAUCUGAAACACGGCAAAGACUCAGACAGUUGCAGUGUCUCCAUGGGCAUCAUCAAAAUGGACGACGCUGACAAAGUUUUUGAGGGAGAUGAGGAUAAAAAGAAUCCGUUGUUUGAAGAGAGCCGUCCAGUAUGGCGAGACGAACUGAUUGAUCCCUAUUGGAUCCACGACUCAGGACUCGGAGAAGGCAAAGUCAAGCACCUGGACAAUUCAGAGAUAUCGUUUUGGCGACAGCUGCAAGAGAAAUACCUAGCGCCUUUGUUAAAUGACCCUGACGAGCAAAAGAGAGUGUCAGAAGAGCUGAAGGAACUGAGAAACAAAGUCUGCCUAUUCUACUUUCUUCUGAACGCCAUCUAUGUCGUCAUCAUCGUGACGUUACAGUACGUCCAGACGUCACAAGGUUUGCUGAGAGUGAACGCUACCUGUUACAUUUACGGGCCGGAGCAUCCCGAAGAAAUGAUGAUCGAGCCUCUCAGCGUUAUGUUCAUGGGCGUCUUCGGUUUGUUACUCUUCAUCCAGUUGCUGGCGAUGUUGUUCCAUCGUUUGUCCACCUUCCUUCAUAUCAAUGCUGCCACAAAGCUAAGCCACCGUAAAGACAAAGACGAUACCGCCAGGAAAAUACAGAUCGCUAGGCAGCUCCAGAUGCUGCACGACGCGGAAGACGAUGACGCCACGUCGGUGGUUACGGAGGGCUCUGGUCAGAAGAAAGGCGGGAGGAUCGUGCGGCGUCUUGCGAAAAGGCAACGUCGGCGACAGUUGACGCAUGGAACAUUACGAGCCAGAUUCAUUUCCAACAUCCACAAGGUGAUAACCACCAUGGAAGAUGAAGGGCAUACCACAAGGCCUCUGCCGAAAGGUAGGUUUACACGCCGGACAAAUAACAAGUUUCAGAACGCCGUAAAUCUGCUGAAAGAGGAGAAAGAGGCAACGGAAAGACUCCGUCAAAUUGUCAACUUCAUGAGGAUGCUAUCUGCAAAUACACAAAAUGAGAGAAACUUGCCUCUACCUAAAAGAAGGUGGCUUAAGGCUUACAGAAAAGUUAAGCAAUUAAACCGGGAGGCCAAAACAUCGCCAGGAGUAGGUGAGGGUCGUUUGCACACUAGGGGAAAUAACGUUCAUGGAGAGCUUGAAUACCAGUCGACCUAUGGAGACAACGAGGAGAUUCCGUUAGGGGGAGAUGCUGGUAGUGUAUGUUAUAGGGAUCUGCGAGAAUCAAAAUCCCAUGAACUGACCAGCAGCGAGGAUGUCGUGAGGGGGCGAGGUUUGGUACAAAGGUUGCGGCAUGGCGGCAGGCCUGUCGGUGACAGCUACAUGAUAAAUUCGAUGGCUACAGUCCAUGGGUCAGAACCAGAAACUAGAGCAACCGCAAUGUUUGACGAAAACAACGAAGCCCUGUAUUAAAAUAUCAGAGAAAUGCAUGGAAUGUCCAAAUCGUUUAGCAAAACAAAACACCAAUAAGUUUCAACAAGAGCAACCUCAACGAACAUAACGACUCUCCGUAUUGAGGUAUUGGAGACAUGCAUGGAAUACCAAAAUCGUAGCACUGUAGUGAAAAGGGAAACCAAAAGUAAAAAAAAAAUGACAAACCAAUAUCUAAGGUGAGGGUUACGUUUAACUGUCUCUUUGUGAAGUUAUAUAAGUGGCGUUAACAAUGACUUUCUGCACUUAACAACCAAUCAAAGUCAGCCAGUCUCAAAUGAAACGAAGAUGUGACAUGAAAGAUGAUACAACACUCUUAGUGCCUGUGCUGAAAAUAUGAUUUAUAACAAAAUGGGUCUCAUCAUGUCGCAGAGCCUAGUGUGGUGCAGCAGAUUAUGGUAGCAAUUUAUUGAAUAAAUAUAUACGAAACGGCGAGUUGGAAGUGACCAUAUAUGCUAGAUAUGUAAUGUGUAAUCUGUGUGAUAUCGGUGGUAGCGUCCGUUUAGCGUUUUGUUUCCGGAACACUGGUAAUCUGGAAACAAGAGGAGGUCUCUCGUUAUAUUAUAUCCAACUCUACUGAACAACAUAUAAAACCAGUGCCCUAAAAAAUUCAGAUCUUUUGAUACAUAUAGUAUAGAAAUAAUUGAUGGACUAUAUAUUUUAUCAUCCCAUCUGCUUAAAUCGUUUGUAUUAAAGGUAAUGCAGUUUUAAAUAGUCUUUCAUCUGAAGUACAUAUCAAUUUAAAGACUAUUAAAAAUUGUCCAGGAAAAUAGUUGCAUUUAUUUUUGUUUUUAGAAUAUUUCUAACCUAGUAAAACCGUCUUAAAAGAUUACAUUCUACGGUGUCUGUUGUGUCCCAAAACGUAUUGGCUACGUUAUAUCUGUACUUUUUGCCUGACCUAAUUCGUUUCAAGGUCAAAUCGGGAAAUGCAUUCGAACAUCCAUAUGUAUAUGCAUUUUGAAUAAUGAAAUGUAGCAGUUUAAUGUGUGUUAAGUAGCAAAAACCUCAGAAAAGAAAAGGCCACAUAGAAUAAAAUAUUCAGAUGUAUUUUUCUAGGUUAAACAAAUUGUAAAAAGAAAUUAAUCCAAUUAUUCAAUUAUUUUCCUGGACAGUUUUUAUUGGUCUUUCAUCUAAUACAAACUUCAUUUUUGGCGUUUUCUUUGUCUUUAACGUUUGCAUAACCAACGUAGAUCUACUGAGUCCAUUACAAAAACUUGUUCAUUAAGAAUCACGUGGUCUAUGGUGCAGUCUAUGCCGAUACCCUCGAUAUUUGGAUAUAAGAUAAGACGUGUCCCAUAUACUUUAUAACGAAAUCAUGAACGAGUCAAGACAGAGCGUGACACGGGCCAAACGUUUUGUUUUAAUAGCGAAUAUAUAUAAUACCGAAGGUUUUACAUCGCCAUACAUUUAACAUGUGAUAAAGUCAAUACAUUACAAACUUGGAAUGUUAUUCUACACCAAAGUGACGGUCUUAGAUGUUUCUGUUUCUGUUGUUUGUUCAGUGAUUAACAUUUAACAAACAAUGGACACUACUUUGGGCCAUACAACAUUAUAUCAUAGUGACUGGUCGGUCCCAAAUUACCGUACUGUCAGGGACCGAACAGCCUACACAAUUCUGUUAAACCCAAGGAAUCGUACAUUAUUCGUUAUAUAUUAUAGAAUUUGUCUCACAUGCUCCAGUCCAGACGACGUCAUGAAUAAAAACAUAGGAAAGGGCUUGAAAGGGAGAUAACUGUCAUUCAAACCAUGCGUCGCAUCAAAC